UGACACUCAUCAAUAAACAUUCAGGAAAUUGGUUCGUGUAGACCAUUACAACCGAGGGUGUGGACGUUCGAUGUAAGAUGAAGUAGUGAAUUCUUAGGAGAUACAAAAUGUCCAUGCUUCAAGUAAUUGUAGUAGGUGCUACUAAUGUACCGAACGUUGAAAAGUUUGGAGAAAGUGACCCAUAUACCACCGUUGAAUUUAAAGGUGAAAAGAAAAAAACAGAAGUUCAAAAGUCAUCACUAAAUCCUAAUUGGGGAGAGACAUUUGAUUAUGACUUAAAAGGUCAGACGUUGGGUGGUAGUGAUGAACUUUUGGUAGAAAUCAAAGAUUGGGAAAGAGUUGGAAGAAACAGAUUACUAGCAAAAUGCAAAGUACCUUUAAGGAAUUUACUGAAGGGUGGAGCUCAAUCGGAAAAUAUGAAUCUGACCAUGCAGGAUGGCAAUGGGAGACCAACACAGUGUCAACUGAAUAUCAAAGUAAACUACAAACCACCGCCGUCUGCUCAACCAGCAGCUCCAUCUGGUGGUGCCUCAGGACAGAUAGAUCAAGAAGGAGGGGAUGUGCUAGGAGGUAAUAUGAUGGACUUGGCUGAUGGAGAGGAGGAAGAGGAGGAAGACACGGGACCUCCACAAAUAGACCCUACCACUGGACAACCUGUUCCUAGACCUAAGAAAAGGAGGAGAGCUAGGGGCUCCAUGGCAAGAAGGAUGCUGGGUAAUCUGUCUACAAAGGCUACUGAUUUCCAGAUAAGAGUGAAGAUCAUAGAAGCUCGCCAGUUACAGGGAGACAAUAUACAACCAUGUGCCAAAGUAACAGUUGCUAAUCAAACAAAAACAACCAGAGUGAAAAAAUCAACAAACAGUCCUUGUUGGAAUGAACCUUUCUUUUUUAACUUCCAUAUGUCACCUUUAGAACUUUUUGAAGACUAUAUAGAAUUCAAGGUGUUUAAUGCCAAAACAUUUAGAGCUGAUUCAAUGAUUGGAUCAUUCAAGAUGGAAAUAGGUCAGGUAUAUUUAGAAAAUCGACAUGCUUACAUGAACAAAUGGCUGCUACUUAGUGAUGAAGAAGCAGAAAUGAAAGGGGCCAAAGGUUACCUUAAGAUGUGUGUUUGUAUCGUAGGACCAGGAGAUGAUGCUCCCAGUUUUAAAAGUUUACCAGCAGAAGGAGAGGAUGAUAUUGAAAGUAAUCUAUUGAGACCAGCAGGUGUCCAGUUACAGCCUGCCACAUUUACAGUCAAUCUGUUUAGGGCAGAAGAUAUACCAAGAAUGGACUCUAACUUCCUUCAAGGAGUAAAGAAAUUGUUUGGUUCAGAUGACAAUAAGGAGUUAGUCGAUCCUUAUUUUGUGUUGACAUUUGCUGGAAAACAGGCACAAUCAAAGAUUAUGUAUAACAAUGACCAUCCUGAUUGGAAUCAAGCCUUAAGUCUGGGAAUACAGUUCCCAUCCAUGUGUGAUAAAAUCAAGUUCAUUAUAAAAGAUUGGGAUCGUAUUAGCGAGGAUGAUCCUAUCUCAUCUGCCAGACUUGAGAUACCAACGAUAUCUGUGGCUGGGGAAACUGGCUUCCUACCAACAUUUGGACCAUGUUAUGUUAAUUUUUAUGGAUCAACCAGAGAAUUCUCAGAACUUCCUAAUGACUAUGAAGAUCUUAACUUGGGAAAGGGAGAAGGUGUGGCAUACCGUGGAAGGGCUUUAGUAGAACUGGCCACCACAUUGGGUCAGAUGCCAGAUCAAAACGUUACCGAGAUAGAAAGUGACAAUGUGUUAAGAGUACAGAAAUUUAUGAGGAGGAGGAAGUUUAAACUACAUGCUGCCUUCCUUAAUGCUACUAUGGUAUCAGCUAUAGAUGCUCCUGUCGAGUUUGAACUUAGUAUAGGUAACUAUGGCAACAAACUUGAUGAUAAUGUACCACCAUGUUCUUCAACAACUCAGCCAACUAAUGCAGUAUUUGAUGGAUGUCAUUAUUACUAUCUGCCAUGGGGAGGAACUAAGCCUUGUGUGGUGGUGGACUGCUCAUGGGAGGAUAUUAGCUUCAGAUUGGAAACUCUCAAUUUACUUCUUACCAUUGUUGAUAAUCUGGAGGGAAAUAUAGAACAAGUGAAAAUAGGAACCAAAGCCAAAUUACCAACCCCAGAGCUGGCUCAGUUGUUAAUGUCAUUGUUAGAACAACUUGUCAAUGACUGCAGGAAGCAAGUGGCUUUACCACAACAAGGUCGACAUGUGGAAAACAACCUGGACAAAUUGUUACGUACUUAUCGUAAAGAAGAGUUACAGUAUAUUAUAGAAGAGGCAAGCAAUCUGAGAGAAAAUGCAACAGAUAUCAAUGAAGCCAUAUCUGAAGUGGAAGGAAUAUUGCAACGUCUAAAGAACUUAGCACAAGAGCCUCAGAAUAGCAUGCCCGAUGUGAUACUAUGGAUGAUUAGUGGUGACAAGAGGAUAGCUUACUAUAGAAUACCAGCCAAUGAAGUCUUAUAUUCCUCACAUCCAGAUUAUAUUGGUAGAAAAUGUGGCAAAAUACAGUCAAUUCAAAUGAAGUACCCUGGACGACUGGGUGAUGAAAAUAAGAAACCUGAAGUUCCUGCUCUUGUCCGAUGUAAGAUCUGGCUCGGUCUAGUCAAUGAAGAACAAGAAUGGCAUAAAAUGCAAACAGAAGGAGAACUAGCAGUAUAUGCUGAAACUUAUGAAAAUCAACUGUCAUUACCAAUUGUUGGAUGGACAAGCAAGGGACCAUUAAAUAGACCAAAAUGGUCAGACAGUCAAGGAAAAGUUAAAUCUCCUAAAGAUAAAUUUGAUCCACCACCUGGAUGGAGAUGGGACAGUGAAUGGUAUAUCAGUCCAGAAUUAAGUAUGUUGUAUGACAAAGAUGCUGGACACAAGACUUUCAUGGAGGAUGUAUAUGAAGUACAAUCUCGAAUGCCAGGAACUCGUUGGGUAGAGGCUUCUAGACCAUGGACAGAUGUGAAAGGUGACCCCCUUCCCAGUAGAACAGAGAUCCAGUUACCUAUAGGCUGGUCCUGGGAAGAUGAAUGGGACAUAGAUCUUAGUAGGGCUGUAGAUGAAGAAGGUUUUGAAUAUUGUGUAGAAGCUACCAUUGGUGGGUAUGGGCCAGUAGAAAAAACCUACCAUUUGUGUAGGAGGAGACGGUGGGUUCGUAACAGACGUCUGGUUGACUCAUCAAAACAAAAGAAACAGGAAAUGAGGUCUAAAGCUAAAGCUAAAAAAACCAGUGAUAAAAAGGAGGCAAAGAAGAUGGGUGAAAUGAAAGAGGGAUGGGAGUAUGCUCCCUUGUUCAACUUGAAGUUUCAUUUGGAAGAGAGAACAAUGGAUCUGGUCAGACGAAGAAGAUGGCACAGAAAGAUGGUGGCGGAAACACUAGGGGCCCCUUGUUUCUUUAGCCUUCAAGUAGAGGAUGAGGAUGAUAAGGAGAAUAUUGAGUCUAACCUUACAGCACCUAGAAUGUUUCUGACAUUUGAUAAACCCUACAAGUACCAGUUGAGAUGUUAUAUAUACCAGGCUAGAGACCUCUUGGCAGGAGAUGAGUCUGGAUUAUCAGAUCCUUAUGCAAGAGUAUCAUUCUUGACUAACAGUAUGGUAACUGAACAAGUGAAAAAGUCUCUUUGUCCAGCCUGGGAUCAAACACUGAUAUUUGAAGAACUUGAUAUUUAUGGAGACCCUAGAGUAAUUGAGGCUCAGCCCCCAAAUAUUACCAUAGAGAUCUAUGAUCAUGAUAAAUUCGGUGCAAAUGAAUUUUUGGGAAGAUGUGUGGCACAACCAAUGGUCAAACUUGAUCCUGCAGAUGCUCGCAUGCCAGUGUUACAGUGGUAUGAAAUUAAACGCAACAAUGACCAUGGAGGAGAACUUCUGGCAGCUUUUGAAUUAUUUUUGCUAAAUGGUGCAGACUUGCCAUUCUUGCCACCAAAGAAAGGAUCACUAUAUCUUGUCCCUAAUGGUAUCAGACCAGUCAUGCAGAGAACUGGAAUUGAGGUACUAUGUUGGGGUGUCAGAAACAUGAAGAAGUUCCAGCUUUCAUCAGUUACCUCCCCUAGCAUUGAGUUUGAAUGUGGAGGACACGUUUUGGAAUCAAAGAUCAUCAAAAAUACCAAAAAGAAUCCAAACUUUGAAGAACCAAUUCUAUUUUUUGAUGUGAUGUUACCAAGGGAAGAACUGUACAUGCCACCUAUGAAUGUAAGAAUCAAAGAUCAUCGUGAAUUUGGAAGAAAGCCAACUGUUGGUAUCCAUGUGAUUAAAUCAUUGGAGACCUUCCGUUGUAAUCCCCUCAUGCCUGCCGAGGAGGAGCAGACUGAAGUUCAAGGGGAAUCCCAAUCCCAUGCAGAUUAUGUUCAGCUAUUAGACGAGGCAGUGAGCCGAGUGCAAUCCUCCUCCUCACAAAGAGCAAUAAUGCCAGUAAAUGGCCCAAGUGGAGGGGAACAUGUUGUAGAAAUGCCAGACAGUGGGGAGAAAGGACAGGCUGAGGCAGCAGAAGCAGAAGCUGACCUAGAUUGGUGGUCUAAAUACUAUGCAUCUGGUGACCCUAAAGACAAGGAUAAGUGUGCUAAAUACUUAAAGAAAGGCAUGGAUAAACUCAAGAUUUAUGACACGGAGUUGGAGAAAGCUGACGGUCAUGGAGACUUUGCAGAUUUCUGUCAUUCCUUUAACUUUAGUCGAGGGAAAGACGAGGAGGAUGAAGAAUGCAAUAUUGUAGGAGAAUUGAAGGGAGGAUUCAGGGUAUAUCCUCUUCCUCCAGAUCCCAAUGAACCAGUACCUAAGAAGAUGUUUAGUACUCUACCACAGCCAGACCCAGAGGAGUGUACCAUUAGAAUCUAUGUUAUAAAUGCCAGUGAUUUACAACCUGCUGACAGUAAUGGAAAGGCUGAUCCUUAUAUAGAGAUCGAGCUUGGUAAAAAGAAGAUAAAUGACAGAGAUGAUUAUGUUCCAAAUACCACAGAUCCUGUCUUUGGAAGAAUGUUUGAGUUAAAUGCUGUAUUACCUGUGAUGAAGGAUUUGACCAUUCGAUUGUUGGAUUAUGACAUCAUCAGUAGUGAUGAUUUGAUUGGUGAGACAGUUAUUGACCUUGAAAACAGAUAUCUGUCCAAGCAGAGGGCAACAUGUGGUAUACCUAAGACUUACUCAAUAGCUGGUAUAAAUCAGUGGCGUGACAGUCAGAAACCAAAGGAGAUUCUAGAGAUGUACUGUAGAAAGAACAAUAUAAUAGGACCAUUGUUUCAUGGAAACAACAGUGUUAAAGUAGGCAGCAGGGUUUACAAUAUCUCAGAUUUUGAAAGCCAAAACAGAUCAAAGAAAGAUUAUCCAAAUGAUGGACCAAUAGAUGAAAGACUAGCUCUUCAUGUACUGAACACAUUCCCAAUUGUCAAGGAACACAUUGAAUCUAGACCACUGUUUAAUCCAGUCCAGCCUAACGUUGAACAAGGAAGAAUACAGAUGUUUGUUGACAUAUUCCCUACCUCCCUUGGACCCCCUGGUCCACCAUUCAAGAUAGAGCCCCGUAGAGCAAAGGAAUAUGUGCUAAGAUGUAUUAUAUGGAACACAGUAGAUGUCAAACUUGAUGAGACGUCACUGGUGGGAGAAUCUAUGAGUGAUAUUUACGUCAAAGGCUGGGUAUCUGGAAUCGAUGAGAAACAGAAAACAGAUGUACAUUACAGAUCAUUAGAUGGAGAGGGAAACUUCAACUGGAGAUUUGUCUUCCCGUUCGAGUUUAUCCCUGAAGAACAGCAAAUGGUUAUCAAGAAAAAGGAACAUUUCUGGAGCUUGGAUGAGACAGUACAACAUCUUCAACCCAUUAUAAUGAUGCAAAUCUGGGACAAUGAUAUCUUUAAUCCAGAUGACUUCUUAGGAACAUUAUCUCUUAACUUGAAUGCAAUGCCUAAACCAGCAAAGUCCAGUUCUAAGUGUCAAUUAGACAGACUUCCAGACUUUAACCAACAAGUGGAACUCGUUUCAUUGUUUGACCAAAAACGUCUGAAAGGUUACUGGCCUGUUUAUGGCGAGCAGGUUGGAGAAAACGGUGAAAAGACAGGCCAAAGGGAACUUACAGGAAAAAUAGAAAUGGAAUUAGAGUUAGUAACAAAAGCAGAAGCAGAAGAGAGACCAUCAGGUCAAGGUCAGGAGGAACCAAACAUGAAUCCUAAACUGGAUCCACCAAAACGUCCAGAGACCUCCUUCUUUUGGUUGGCAUCACCAUGGAAAUCAUUCAAGCAUAUAAUUUGGCGUAAUUACAAAUGGUGGAUCAUUGGUUUUAUUGUGCUAGUCUUGGUUCUUCUCCUGUUAUUCCUGUUCAUCUACUCAUUACCUGGAGACAUUUCUGGGAAGAUAAUUGGCAAUUAAUGAUACUGUCUGAAUCACCUUUUUGGUCUGAACUUUAGAAAUGUUAAUAGUGGUAAAAGUGUGGUGUUUGUCAAAAGACAAUAAUGAAUGUGAACAGCAACUAUUGCAUUAUUCAAUACAGUUUUAUUAGCUGUAAUGACAAUUGUUUUUUUUACUGGAUAAAAAUAUCGGCUGUUGAUCAUUCAUGUGAGAUUUUAAACUUUAUGUACAGUUAGACCAAUUAUAUUCUAGAUCCUUUACGAUCAUAAAUUAUAGUUUGUAGAAUAGUAUUCCAUUAAAUGAACAUCUAGUUGGAUUUAUCU